AUUCUACAAAGGGAGAUAUGGUGUGAAGUCUUCUUCCUUGAGCCUAUUUAUAUCACCACCAAACACGUCCAAGGUGAAGAGAAGGCAAAUUUAAGCAAAGCCAUGUUUCUGAAUCUUCUGAUAUUGCUUCCACUCCUCCGUUUUCUGUCAAUAGUUGCAAAAGUUGCGGUGGCUUCAUCUCAAACAUUGCCUAAUUGCAUGGAGAAAUGCGGAAAUAUGAGCAUCCCCUACCCUUUUGGCGUUAAAGCAGGAUGCUUCAGGGAUGAUAAAUAUCUUAUUACAUGCGAGGCCAGGAUUGGAGGCACCUUGAAAGCUUAUCAAGGAGGUGGUACCCUUGAGGUUCUUGACAUAUCAUUGGAUGGCCAUGCUAGGUUCAAGAGUAACUAUUAUGCUUAUAAAUGCUUCAGUUCUACUGGAGCAAUAACAAAGGAGCAAAGCUAUUGGAUUGAUAUGGGAAAAUCGCCCUUCUGGUUCUCACCCACCAACAACAAAUUUACGGCCAUUGGAUGUAAUGGCUACCAUUAGCGAGUCCACGGACAACAAAUUCAUGACUGGGUGCGUUUCUGUGUGCAGUAACAUAAGUCGUGUGAGGGACGAUGGAUCUUGCUCUGGUAUCGGUUGCUGCCAGACCCCAGUCCCGUGGGGGCUCAAACGUUUCAAUGUGAGUCUAACAAGUGUAAACUACAAUACCAGCAACUGGUCCUUUAACCCUUGCAGUUUUGCUCUCUUGGCCGAGCAAGACUGGUUCACCUUCAGUUUAUCAGAUAUCUCGGCUCUUACCUUCAACAGAACCAAGAUUCCGGUGGUAAUGGACUGGGCAAUUGGGAAUCAAACAUGCGAAGAAGCGAAAAAACAAAAACAACUUUAUGCUUGUGGCCCAAAUAGCUAUUGCUUUAAUUCAGACAAUGGCCCUGGCUAUCGGUGUAAUUGCAGCGAUGGUUUUGAAGGCAACACCUUAUCUCCCUCAUGUAGGAUGCCAAGACAUUGACGAAUGUGAAAAGGGACGAACCAAUCUUUGCCACCGGAGUAGCAUCUGCACCAACACCUACGGAAGUUAUAAUUGCACCUGUCCACGAGGCUACGAUGGCAAUGGCUGGGUAAAUGGGACUGGUUGUGCCAAAAUUCCGGACAAUUACAUAAGGAUUAUUGCAGGUACUGGUGCAGGCAUUCUAGUUCUACCUGUCAUUAUUUGGCUUUGGUUUCGAGAAAUUCAGAAAGCAAAGCUUUUCAAACUUUUCAAACAAAAUGGAGGUAUUUUAUUGAGGCAACAUAUAGAGCAUGACAAUGUCGAUCUCAAGAUUUUCUCCUUAUCUGAGCUAAAGAAAGCAACUGAAAACUUCAAAGAAAGUAUCUGCAAAGAAGAAAAUGAUGAAGUUUUUAUGGGAACAUUAUCAUGUGGGAAAAAAGUUACCAUUAAGAGACCCAAACCAAUGGACAAAGGAGACAAAGGAGAUAAAGCCCAGACACAUGAGGGUCAAAAUGAAUGUUCCACCCCUCAUGAAAUGGAAAGCCCUCUCGAAGAUGUAGACUCAGGAGUCACACCUCCCCGCCGGAAAAACCUUCCCUUACAGAUUUUAAACAAAGUCAUUAUUCUCUCUCAAAUCAAUCACAAGAACGUGGUGGAGCUCUUGGGUUGUUGCUUAGAGUACCAUGGUCCAAUUUUAGUUUAUAAGUUCGUCUCCAAGAGGACCCUAUUCGACCAUAUCCAUAGGGAGAAACAGGCAGAACCUCUUUCAUGGGAAGAUCGUUUAAGAAUUGCAUUAGAAACGGCCAAUGCACUAGACUAUUUGUAUUCUUCUCAUUCAGUAUCUAUCUUUGUCACGUCUUCUACAAUACUAAUAGAUGAAGAGAAGAAGGCUAAAGUAUCUUAUUUUGGAGCUUCAGGAUGUGUUCCACUGGAUGAAACUGAAAAAAAUACAGUAAUUCAAGGGGCUCGUGGGUACUUAGACCCAGAAGGUUCUCAGUCAACUGAUAAAAGUGAUGUUUAUAGUCUUGGAGUUGUUCUAGCGGAGCUUUUGACUGGAAAAAAACCAUUUUUAUCAGAAAUAUCUGAAGCUUUAGCAAAGUCUUUUGUAUCUUCAGUGGAAUAAAAUAAUCUUUCUCCUUAUGAGCCAAUAGAAAAUAAUGAGAAGAAAAAAGAGUUCUUGGAAGUUGCUAAGCUUGCAAAAGAGUGCCUACAGGAUAAAAGGGAUGAUGGGCCGAGGAUGAAGGAAGUUGUGGAGAAGCUUGAUACUUUUAAAAGGUAAGGAGGGAAGUAGGUAACAACCAGGAGGUUCGAACUUGAGACCUUCUGGCAUCCAUUUCUGAGAUUAGAUCCGCUUGCCAGCUUCAUAAAUCGACUCGUGUGGUCAGCUUAUGAUUCUACUUUUACAGGACGAAGUUUCCCAUAUCUACCUUUUGCUGGGCAGGUGAGAGAGAAGAGGGUUGCUUCUCGGUAAAAGAAGCUAAACAGAUUGCAUUGAUAGAAGUGCCGAGGGAUGCUUGUGAGUUAAGCACUUCAAGGCUUAUUCUAUACUUGGUUUGCUCAUGGAGUUGUGGAGCCUUUUUUAUUCUAAAUUUCUUAGCUUGUGGACUUGGAGUUUAGUAUCUGGUUUGUUUCUUUUGAAUCUAUCUUUAUUUUAUGGUGUGAUUAUCUGUGUGUGAGAAUUAAUCCCAAUUUGUAAUCUUUGGCUUUUGGAAUCUUUGCACUUAUAAACAUAAGGAAUGGAUUUGAAUUUAGAGAAUAUUUCCCAAAAA